AUGGAUACUUCAAAUUCAAUUGAAGAUGCAUUAAAUUUUGCAUCACAAGAAAUUUCCAUUUAUUUUGGCUUGUCAGUUCUACUCUUAGGUGUUAUUGGUGGAAUACUUAAUCUUAUUAUUUUUACUACAUUAAAAACAUUUCGAGAAACAACUUGUGCAUUCUAUCUAACUGUUGUUUCAUCCAUCAACAUUGGUCAAUUAAUCAUAUCAUUAUUUAUACGUAUUCUCAGUGAUGGAUUUAAUACUGACAUUAGAAAAAUAUCAUGGGUUUGUAAAAUACAUAUAUAUAUGGCAUCAGUAUUUGCACUUAUUUCAAUGACAGUUAUGUGUUUUGCAACUAUUGAUCAAUAUAUUUCAAUGACAAAAUAUCGACGUUUCAGUAAUUUACAGCUAGCUCAUUAUGGAGUUAUUUCAACUUGUUUUAUCUGGAGUAUAUAUACUAUUUCCUUUUUGAUCUUUUGGGAUUCAUCUUCUGGUGUUUGUACAAUCAACAAUUUGAGUUUUUCCAUAUAUUCAUCACGUUUUCAUUUUCCAAUUCUUCUAGGAUUUUUACCUAUAAGUAUAAUGAUUACAUUUUCUAUAUUGGCUUUUCAUAGUGCUCGUACAUUAAUUAGUCGACAAAUGAAUAUAGUUCGUUUAAGUCGAGAUCGACAACUAACAGCAAUGACACUUGUUCAUGUUAUGUUUAUUAUAAUUACAACAAUACCUUACGUAGUUUUUUUUGUCUAUUUACUAAAUCAACAUAAUACAGGUCCUGAACAAACAGCGCGUAAUAAUCUUAUUUUUACAAUCGUACUUUUAAUUAGUUAUUCAACUUAUUCUGGAUCUUUUUAUAUAUAUUGUUGUGUUUCGGAACGUUUUCGACGGCAACUUGUGUAUGUAUUAAUGAAAGUUUGUAUUAAUCGAUGGCAACAGUGGAUUAAUAAUCGGAAUCAUAAUCGGAUUAUGCCAAGUAUGGAAAUGAUACUCGAUACGCACGCUAUACGACCAAGAGGAACAUUUCUUGAAAGUAUUUCAGUUCGAUAA